AUGGUGAAUGCCACAAGCAAAUCGUGGGUGACAAUCGAAGAGCAACAAGAAGAUUACUUCUCGUUCGAGGAGACAUUGGCGUCUUCCGAUUCUGAAGACGAAGACGACAAAUACAACGAGACAAAACUACAAGAUAAGGAUGAAGACUCUGAUGUAGACGCUGACAUUGCGCAUGCGCAUGGCCCACACACAACAUCAGAGAGGCGCAGAGCGCAGAACGAGAUCUUGAGAGCCUUUGCUGCUAACAUCAGUUCGCACUUGACGCAGAAGGAAGUCGACGAUGCUGCCGCAAAGACUGUCAACGAAGAGCAGCUUUCGAUCCGCGAUAUCCUGGCAAAACAAGAUGGCACCGCUCGCAUCACGAACCCACGCGACUAUCAAACCGAACUGUUCCAGAGAGCCAAGAGCGAAAACGUGAUAGCAGUACUGGAUACGGGCUCCGGAAAGACCCACAUCGCAACUCUACUCCUGCGACAUAUCCUAGAUGGCGAGCUUGAAUAUCGGGCUGCAGGCGGCAUCCCCAAGAUUGCGUUCUUCCUGGUAGACUCAGUCAACCUCGUCUUCCAACAAGCAAAUGUCUUGCGGUGCGGUCUAGACCAGAGUGUAGAGGGUAUAUGUGGCGCUAUGGGUGCAUCGCUAUGGUCGAAAUCGACCUGGAAGAGUCACUUUCAGAGUAACAUGGUGAUAGUAUGUACCGCCGAGGUUCUCGUGCAGUGUAUGAUGCACUCCUUCAUCACCAUGGCCCAGAUCAAUCUCCUCAUCUUUGACGAGGCCCAUCAUGCAAAAGGCAACCACCCCUACGCCCGUCUGAUGAAGGACUACUACGUUCAUGAACCGAAGCUUUCUAAUCGGCCUCGUAUCUUUGGGAUGACAGCUUCUCCGAUCGAUACACGAGGACUGUCGAUCGAUCACAUCAGGAACGUCGCGAAUGACCUCGAGAAACUACUCCAUUCCAAGAUAGUCACUACGUCUGAGAGUGUUCUCGCUUCGAACAGUAUCAGCAGGCCCAUCGAGGAGAUAGCAGUAUAUGAACGGCUACAGGACGAGUGUGAGACGCCCCUCCAUCAAAAGAUUAAGGCCAAGUUUGGAGACAUAUCGGCGUUCAAGAAAUUAUUCGUCGCAUCUAAGCACCACGGCUCCGAGCUAGGCCGUUGGGCUUCCGACAUGUAUUGGUCUUUCGCUUUCACUGAUGAGCAGAGUCGCAAGCUCGAAGAUCGUGAGCACCUCAAGCACAACAAGACUAAACAAGAUGGUGCCGCGCAGGAGUGGGAUGCUCAGUCUAAACGCUUACAGGAGGCGGCCACAUUUGUACAACAGUUCGACUUCGGUUCGUGCGCCCUUAGCAACGCAGACUUGAGUUCAAAGGUUCUCAAACUUCGUCACUGGCUCAAUCUUUACUAUGAGCGCGAUGAUGGAGCUCGUUGCAUCGUCUUCGUUACGCAGCGACAGACCGCUCGCCUGCUUGAGCUCAUCUUCUCCCAGAUCGGCGGACCAAACCUCCGUUGCAGUGUGCUUGUCGGGGUGAAUAAUCGUGUAGGCGAGCACAAUAUUUCUUUACGGAACCAGAUUCUGACGGUCGCCAAAUUUCGUCGCGGUGAACUGAACUGCCUGUUUGCCACAUCCGUAGCAGAGGAGGGGCUCGAUAUUCCACAAUGCAACCUCAUUGUACGGUUCGAUCUCUACCGCACCAUGAUAGCAUAUGUGCAGUCUCGCGGUCGAGCAAGGCAUCGCAAUUCCAGGUACCUUCAUAUGGUCGAGGCUGGCAACGAAGAUCAUCAAAGCCGGGUCCUUGAUGUCAAAAGCGACGAAGACACAAUGCGAAGAUAUUGCAAAGCUCUUCCCCAGGAUCGUCAAAUCGGCGGAAAUGACGUUGACUUGCUAUCGUUCGAAGACAAGAUGUACCCAAGUUUUGUCACAAAGGCUAGUGCAAAGCUCACUUACCGCUCAAGCUUAUCUGUUCUCAAUCACUUCGUAGCCACGCUGCCUGGACCUGACAGACAAACAAUGCUUCAACCCACGUACGUCGUCAGUCCUGAAGUCAAUUACGAUGCCCUAGAUCCGCAGCGGAGAGGAUUUGUUUGCGAGGUAAUGCUACCGGAGCAUUCACCUGUGAUUUCAGUCACUGGUGACAUUCAGAGCAAGAAAGCAAUUGCAAAGUGCUCCGCCGCAUUCAAGACAUGUCUCAAGCUGUACAACAAAGGCUAUCUUGAUGAGAAUCUACUCCCUACGACCCACAGGAGCUUACCAGCCGGAAGAAAUGCAUUGCUGGCACUCAGUGAGAAGAAGAAAGGCAUGUACUCCAUGUUGAUCAAGCCAGAGUUCUGGAAGAUCGGGCGCGGCGUUGCCCCUACGUGUCUUUAUCUCACCCUCAUCGACCUUGAUGCGGGUUUGGAUCGACCUCAUCAACCCAUGGGGCUUCUCACUCGCAAUCCCUUCCCGCAACUGCCAAAUUUCCCCAUCUAUCUUACUGAUUGUAGGCCCUCUAAUGUCAUCUCCCAAUCCUCUCAAACUCCGCUAUAUGUGUCAGCAGAGACAAUAGAUAUUCUCACUGGUUUUACUUUGCGCAUAUAUGAGGAUGUUUACAACAAGAAAUAUGAGAAUGAUGUCAAGAAGAUGUCCUAUUGGGUUGUGCCGAUACUACCUGGCAAGAUGUCUUCUCCGCUUCCCGUUAGCGCCCUCGAUCAGAUUCUGGACAUGGGACAAAUCCACAGAGUCUACAACGAGCCUACGUGGAGAUGGACACCAAAGACUAUUCCUAAGGACCUAUUAGACCGUUACUUCGUGGACCCUAUGAACGGAGGCCGACGCUACUACUCAAACCACCUCGCCACACAGCUCAAGCCACAAGAUCCGGUUCCCAAACGUCUACCUCGUAGUGGGCACAAAUUCAUGGACAGCAUCCUGGACUAUAGUGACAGCAAGUGGGCAAAGAGCAGGGAUAUCUCAAGGUGGAACCAAUCACAGCCUGUUCUUGAGGUCGAAAAGAUCCCUUUCCGUCGCAAUCACCUCGCAUGUGUCGAAGAGAAAGAGAAAGGCGAGCUCGACGACCUCAAGACAUACAUUUGUCCCGAGCCCUUACAUGUCUCUAAUCUCGCAACACCAUUCGUGGUCGUGUGUUACGUCUUACCAGCUAUCAUUCAUCGAUUCGAGAGCUACCUCAUUGCUUUAGACGCCUGCAAAACUCUGGAUCUCGAUAUCAGCCCAGCGCUUGCGUUGGAAGCCCUGACCAAAGACUCUGACAAUUCCGAAGAGUAUGGCGAGGAGAAAGUCAACUUCAAGAGCGGGAUGGGCCCUAACUAUGAGCGUCUCGAGUUUCUAGGAGAUUGCUUCCUCAAGAUGGCUACGUCCCUUUCGGUGUUUGUACAGCAGCCAGACGAGAACGAGUUCGAAUUUCAUGUCCGCCGCAUGGAAAUGCUUUGCAACAAGAAUCUGAUGGAGACUGCAGUGGGUAAGAAGAAAGUAAUUUCUGCAGAUGGAACCGAGCUGGACAUUCAGCUUUACAGGUACAUUCGCACCGACUCGUUCUCGCGGCGCACAUGGUACCCUGAAGGGCUCAAACUUCUCAAGGGUAAAGGACUGAAUAAGACCGAAGACGAUUGGCUCAAACUCACGCACAAUCUCGGGGAUAAGAGUAUAGCGGAUGUUUGUGAGGCCUUUAUUGGUGCUGCUUUCCAACAGUAUCACAAGGCCGGACGCUGGAACCCCAGGCACUGGGAUGAAGCCGUCAAAGCUGUCAAGCUGUUUGCCAACAGUGGGGAUCAUCUGAUGUCAAAGUGGUCGGACUACUAUGACGCGUACCAGAAGCCAAAGUAUCAGAUCGCGGAUGCCACCGCGGCAAUGCUUGAUACUGCUCUCAAGAUUGAACUGAAGCACCCGUACCACUUCAAGUACCCUCGCUUACUCCGAUCGGCCUUCGCUCAUCCAUCGUACCCAUACUUGUAUGAGAACAUACCAAACUAUCAGCGUCUGGAAUUCCUAGGUGACUCUCUCCUCGACAUGGCUUUCAUCAUGCAUCUUUACUACAAAUAUCCGGACAAGGACCCCCAGUGGCUCACUGAGCACAAGACGCCCAUGGUGUCCAACAAAUUCUUAGGCGCCGUGUGUGUCAAGCUGGGCUGGCAUGUUCACAUCAAACAGAAUACUGCUAUCCUGAGCUCCCAGAUCCGCCAGUAUGUCUUGGAGGCCGAGGAAGCAGAGCGGGGAGCAGGUGGUGCUGUCGACUAUUGGGUAACCAUCAGUGAACCACCCAAGUGUCUGGCUGAUGUAAUCGAGGCAUAUACGGCAGCCAUCUUCGUAGAUGCGGAGUUUGACUUCAGCGUCGUACAGGAUUUCUUCGACAUGCAUCUCAAGCCCUUCUUCGAGGACAUGACGCUCGGGACCUAUGAGAACUUCGCUUCCAACCAUCCGACCACACGUCUCAGUCGCCUCCUUUCCAUCACCUUUGGCUGCAGCGAGUGGCGCAUGACCGCCAUGGAGACGGACACGCUCAUCCCUAGUAAGGGCAAGGCCAUCGCUGCUAUGAUCAUGAUCCACGGGAAGGUGGUCUUUCAUUCCUUGGGCCAGAGCGGGAGAUAUGCACGUGUCAGGGCUAGCCAUACAGCAUUGGAGAAGUUAGAUGGGCUUCCACCGUAUGAGUUCCGGAAGAGGUAUGGUUGCGAUUGCGUGUAUGAGGGUGAGGGUGAGGGCGAGCAAGAUAAAACAGUACUGCAGGCGAAGGCAGAGCGGAUGAAGGAAGCUAUAGGUCUGAGUAUCUAA